AUGACUCACUCAUCCUACUCCCAUGAGAACUUCCGAUCCCUCAGCAUCCUCGGCCUUAGCGUCAUCCAGACAUCCGUCUCGAUGAAACUGCUGACGAAGGAUCUCGAUGUGUCGGCCAAGGAGAUGAACAUCAAGAUAGCCGAGGUCUUCAAUGUGGAGGGUUGCACACUUGCCCCGCUGCCGGAUCGAGGUAGGGACUGGAGAAGCCACUCUCUCUUGCCUUUCUCUUCAAUUCCCGUCAGCCCCAAGCCACCGUCCUCCGUUGCCUCCUCAAGCUCCGAACACCCCUCACCUCCCUCCACCACAGAACCGUCUUCCCCGGCGAACAGCACCACAGAUUCGUCGUCGUCGUCAGAUCUCUCCCGCACUCGUCGCCGAUUCGAGUUCGCUGCAUCCGAACAGCUACCGCCCUCCCUCAGCCACCGAAGUCCGCCGCCGUCCUCCUUUUCCCUCAGUUCGAAGACAACGCAGGGAAAGGCAAAAUUCGGAUCUGAUUUGUCUUCGGAUCUGGUUUGUUUUGAUCGGACCCGAUUCCGAACUCAGUUGGAUCUGAUUUUCAGCCCGACGAUGGUGGUCCUUGCAGCUUCUAUCAUUAGCAAGACUGGCAAAGCACUUGUUUCGAGACAGUUUGUUGAUAUGUCCAGAAUAAGGAUAGAAGGACUGCUUGCAGCAUUUCCCAAGUUAGUGGGAACUGGAAAGCAACACACUUAUGUAGAGACUGAGAACGUUCGCUAUGUUUACCAACCAAUUGAACUACUUUAUCUGCUGCUUGUGACCAACAAACAAAGUAACAUUCUUGAAGACCUGGAUACACUGAGACUGCUAUCCAAACUGGCAGAAUUUCUCUAUGUGCAGGUGGUCCUUGCAGCUUCUAUCAUUAGCAAGACUGGCAAAGCACUUGUUUCGAGACAGUUUGUUGAUAUGUCCAGAAUAAGGAUAGAAGGACUGCUUGCAGCAUUUCCCAAGUUAGUGGGAACUGGAAAGCAACACACUUAUGUAGAGACUGAGAACGUUCGCUAUGUUUACCAACCAAUUGAACUACUUUAUCUGCUGCUUGUGACCAACAAACAAAGUAACAUUCUUGAAGACCUGGAUACACUGAGACUGCUAUCCAAACUGGUACCUGAAUAUGCACCCAGUUUAGAUGAAGAAGGUGUUUGCAAGAUGGCUUUUGAGCUGAUUUUUGCCUUUGAUGAAGCUAUUUCUCUUGGGCAUAAAGAAAAUGUGACAGUUGCGCAAGUUAAGCAGUACUGUGAAAUGGAAAGUCAUGAGGAAAGGUUGCAUAAACUGCUCAUGCAGAGCAAGAUAGAUGAAACUAAAGAUGUCAUGAAGCGGAAGGCUAGUGAGAUUGACAAAAGCAAGAUUGAGAAGAACAGAGGUGAUAAAGGAGGAUUUAUGGCUAUGUCAGGUCCGAGAAGAAUUGAAAGUAGUUUCAGUGACAUGAGUAUUUCUAGCAACAGCGGCGGUUUUGGAAGUGGUUCUGGCUUCGGAUUAAGCUCAGAUGUGGAAUCAUUCUCUAGCAAGUCUAAAGGUCGUCCACCUUCAACUGCGACAGCUCCCUCUAAAGGUCUUGGUAUGCAGCUUGGCAAGACACAAAAGACGAGUCAGUUAAUGAAUUCACUCAAAGCUGAAGGGGAAGUUAUUCUUGAGGAUGUGCCACCUGUUGCUUUGCAGUCCAGGUCAUCUCUUCCACUGACAGAUCCCAUUACAUUAACUAUUGAAGAAAGGCUCAAUGUUGUAGUUAGGAGAGAUGGUUUGGUACACACACACACACACACACACACACACAUUAAUUUGUAUAUGAUGUGCAUUUUUCAGAUCGAAAACCAAGAGAUGCCUGGUCUCAGCUUCAAGACUCAUCCUAACAUUAACAAAGAGUUGUUCAACAACAAUCAUAUAGUAGGCCUGAAGGAUCCAAACAGGCCUUUCCCCACUGGUCAAAAUGAUGUUAAUUUGAUCAAGUGGAGAAUCCAAGGCAUGAAUGAGGCCUCUUUGCCAUUGACUGUUAACUGCUGGCCCACUGUUUCUGGAAGUGAGACGUUUGUUAAUAUUGAAUAUGAAGCUUUUGAGACGUUUGACCUGCAAAAUGUUUUGAUAACUAUACCUCUUCCUGCAAGUCGAGAACCACCUAGUGUAAGGCAGAUAGAUGGAGAAUGGAGGUAUGAUGCAAGGAAUUCGACAUUGGAAUGGUCAAUCCUUCUCGUCGAUAAUACUAACCGGAGUGGAUCCAUGGAGUUUGUCGUGCCUCCUGCUGAUCCAUCUUCAUUCUUCCCCAUCGCAAUCAAGUUUACCGCGGCCAACACUUUCAGUGACGUAAAGGUUGGAAAUGUCAUACCGAUUAGAGGUGGUCCUCCUCCAAAGUAUGCUCAAAGGAUACAGCUGAUAGCAGACAAUUACGAGGUGGUUUGAGUUUAGAAGGGGAAAAUGGUUACCCAUUUGACAUUGGAUGUGGAUUUGAUUUAAGCUACGAGGGUUUUCCUUUUUUGUUCAGGAUGUGGAUCAUUAUGUUUCUUGCUGUUUCUUUUAGUUUUGGAAGAGUGGAAGAUAUACAUGGAAGUUUUUUAUGUGCUUAACGGAGUCUCAAUGUUCUGUUUGUUGCACACUUGUUGUGAGAUCCAUUAUUCUAUCUCAGAGUACGUCGACUUUACCACUC